UGAUGGUGUCGAGGGCAUCCCGAUCAACAAAGUUGCUCUCCUAUCUCACUCUGAUGGUUUGUUGUUCACUACAUCCACUGUGAACUCUGUGCGACAGUACACUUGUAUUUGUCACUGUUUCUGAACUGUUUCUGUCCGUCUGUCCCAAUAGCAUUCUGGGAUUUGACCUUUGUCUCCUUCACUUCUCUGUCUCCUUGAGCUUUGUCCCACGUCUACACUUUGCUAAAUCCUCUCAGGGAAAAGUAUGCCCGAGUGGGAUCCUUCUCUUCCUCAGACCUACUGCCUCGCUCCAGCCUACUCACCCGUCUCACCCCACCCCGCCGUAUUAAUGCUCCCAAUCCUCUUUGUGGGAGAGUGACGUCUGCUACUGUCAGAAACAGAGUUAAGCUCAGCAGGCACUGGGAGAGUGGAGUGGAGGGAAGCUACGCGGAUAACCGGGCGCCUCAGCUUUCUGGGCCUCCAGAGGAGACGGAAAGACUCGCCCGUCCGCCCCAGCGGCGUCUCAUGCCUCCGGCUGGGGGUUGUCAUGGAUUUCUAAAUUUGGUGUGCCGAAGAUAGUCGACGACGUCAACAGGUUGGCUGAAAACUAAAGGUGGUGGGGCCCUGUGGAGGUCGUAGUCCUGGAUUUCUUAGAGAUGGAGGGUCAUGGUUAUGACCAGUUUGGAGACGGGGGAAAGGACACUUACCAAAUCGACUACCGGAGGAUCGUAGGGGACACGGAGCCGGCACGGCAGCGCGGCGCGAACAGAGAUGGGGAACCGACUCAACCCUGCGGCUACCUCGCCCCCUCGGCGCCACACGGACAUGGGCAUGAGACCGCAGCCCAGCGAUACAGUGCAACUCGUAUCCAAGCUGGAUAUGAGCCAGAGAGCAUGGCAGACUACUUGAUCAGUGGAGGCACGGGUUAUGUUCCUGAAGAUGGAUUAACAGCACAGCAACUCUUUUCUAUCGGUGAUGGACUAACAUACAAUGACUUCUUGAUCCUUCCUGGUUUCAUAGAUUUUACUUCUGAUGAGGUGGAUCUAACCUCUGCGCUGACGCGGAAGAUAACCCUGAAGACACCGCUUAUUUCAUCUCCCAUGGAUACAGUCACAGAGUCAUUCAUGGCCAUCUCCAUGGCAUUGAUGGGUGGGAUUGGAAUAAUUCAUCACAACUGUACUCCUGAAUUCCAGGCCAACGAGGUGCGCAAAGUCAAGAAAUUUGAGCAGGGCUUUAUUACAGAUCCGGUGGUGAUGAGUCCCCGACACACAGUGGGGGACGUAUUUGAGGCAAAAACACGCCACGGUUUCUCUGGGAUUCCCGUAACAGAGACUGGCAAGAUGGGCAGCAAGCUGGUCGGCAUUGUCACCUCCAGAGACAUAGACUUUCUGUCUGAGAAGGACCAUGACAGACCUCUGGAGGAGGCAAUGACAAAAAGGGAAGAUUUAGUUGUUGCACCCGCUGGAGUCACACUAAAAGAGGCUAACGAUAUACUGCAACGUAGCAAAAAAGGAAAGCUCCCCAUUGUAAAUGACAGCGAUGAGCUCGUCGCCAUCAUAGCGAGGACUGACUUGAAGAAGAACAGAGAUUAUCCUCUGGCCUCCAAGGAUUCCCGCAAACAGUUGCUGUGUGGAGCUGCGAUCGGUACAAGAGAGGACGACAAGAACAGACUGGACCUUCUCAUGCAGGCUGGGGUGGAUGUGGUUGUCUUGGAUUCCUCGCAAGGAAACUCAGUGUAUCAAAUCAAUAUGAUAAACUACAUCAAGCAGAAAUAUCCCGAACUACAGGUAGUUGGAGGAAAUGUGGUGACAGCUGCUCAGGCCAAAAACCUCAUUGAUGCUGGGGUGGAUGCCCUGAGGGUGGGCAUGGGCUGUGGCUCCAUCUGUAUCACCCAGGAAGUGAUGGCAUGUGGACGGCCCCAAGGCACAUCGGUGUACAAGGUUGCAGAGUAUGCGCGGCGUUUUGGAGUACCAGUAAUUGCCGAUGGAGGCAUUCAGACUGUUGGGCAUGUGGUGAAGGCUCUGGCCCUGGGAGCUUCAACUGUGAUGAUGGGGUCUUUGCUCGCGGCAACCACUGAAGCUCCAGGGGAGUAUUUCUUUUCAGAUGGUGUACGUCUGAAAAAGUACAGAGGAAUGGGCUCUUUGGAUGCCAUGGAGAAAAAUAACAGUCAGAAACGCUACUUCAGUGAGGGAGAUAAGCUGAAGGUCGCUCAAGGUGUCUCGGGGUCAGUGCAAGAUAAAGGUUCCAUACAUAAGUUUGUCCCCUACCUCAUAGCUGGCAUCCAACAUGGCUGUCAGGACAUAGGAGCCAAGAGUUUAUCCAUUUUACGGUCGAUGAUGUACUCUGGAGAGCUGAAGUUUGAGAAAAGAACCAUGUCUGCUCAGAUGGAGGGAGGAGUCCACGGCCUCCACUCAUAUUCUUUUGUGCCAUUUACGAGAAACGACUUUACUGAGGCGGGAGGAAGAGGAAGCACUCGAUCAGGACCGAAUAUCCCGACCCCAGCAGCCAGGAGUAGUUGCACAGGGCGGAUGUGAUCUAACCACCAACAGAAAGCUGUUGUUGUUGUACAACAUUCACCCUCUAAAACCUCAGACUGCUUUUCCUGUCGACUUUUUUCCCCUUUUCUUUCCCAUCUCUGACAGACAAAGCAAAACAUUGAACCAGAGUUAAAAGUUCAAUCCGCACUUUUUAUCUUGUCUGUAUUCCUCCCGCUGUGGCCAGCGUGCGGUGGAGGUAAUGUAAUUACUUGAUCCCUUUCAACAAGCCAACGGAUGUUUCUUCUUUAGAACCAGCUUAUCAUUGCUGAUCUAACAGGAGGCCUUUUUCGUGCUUGCGGAAGUUUAUUAUUGGUUACACAAUAUGUGUGUAGUUCAACACGCAAAGAUGUAAGGACGACAUCAAGCGAACAUCAAAUGACACAUAACUGGUAUUAAAUAUUUAACAUUUUAUUUACAAAAAAGUUAAAAAAGAGAAACAUUAAAGAAUACUGUACACACUUCUCUGAUUAUGAGCACAUACAUUACCCUAAUUUUGGGUUUAUACUGCAAGUCUAAGUCACAUUGGCGUGACAUUGGAUCAUCCAUUUUUCAUAUAACAUAAACACAGUGUUAACUACAAUAAUCGACUGUACGUAAUACAUAAUAAAGGACGUUAUUUUAUUUCAGGUUGAUUAAUAAAAUAAUUAAAUUGUAAGUCAAUUUAAAAGAAACACACUCAGUGGGGAACAAAUGUAACAAACAAUUGUCCAGGAUAGAUUUCUUUCUUUAUGGAGUUGUAGACGAAGAGUUUCAAGUUGAUUAAUACGUUUUAAAUGUGAUUUACUUUUUUAUUUGUGUUACUCAUCAUCUUUGGUAUAACAUUACACCGUUAAUUUUGAUUUGGCAAUAACAUGCAAUUAAAUAAAUGAGCUCAUUUAAUGGUUGAUUAAGGGAUUUGACAGUUGGUUAAAAGUUUCUUAAAUAAAGGUUAUAGAUGAGACAACUAUUUUCUCACCAGUUUUUAAAUGAUGUCAAUGUUACUAGUGUUGCACAAAUAAAGAUAAUUUUGACAAAAGCAUUUUGAUGCAUUUCUGUUAUGUCUCCAGAAUUAUAUGAAGUAGGUAAAACAUUUUUUCUUAUCUUCGCAUCUAAAAUGUAACCACUUCAAUUUAAACUUUUCACAAGUGUAGGAUUAUU